ACAAAAAAGGGUGACGUCACACCCGUUGUUUCGGAUGACGUUGAGAGAAGCAGGCCGCACGCGCAUAGCAGGAACUCUGUCAGAUUUCUGUGGAUCAAGGUCGUCGGUUUCCCCUAAUUCACACGGAAAUACGGGAUCGCCCUCUCCCGUCCCCCUUACCCCCCUUCUCAAACAGCAUGGCCCAGGAGACAAAUCAGACGCAGGUGCCAAUGCUUUGCACUAUGGGAUGCGGUUUCUAUGGUAAUCCUCGCACCAAUGGAAUGUGCUCUGUCUGCUACAAGGAGCAUCUGCAGAGACAACAAGGAGGGGGACGAAACAGUCCCCCAGGUGAGAAAGCUGCCACAUCUCCUGUAGGUUCCCCAGGUGCAUCUGCGGUAACAGUGGAGUCCACCCCUGUACCCACUACAGAAGCAGUUACCCCACCUGAAGAACGCACGUCUAAUAGUUCGCCCAGUCCAGUAACCCAGCAGAUGACGGCUAUGAGCAUUUCCCAGGACACAGCAACCACUGAUUCAGACAGAGCGGAAGUAGAGGAGGAAGAGGAGGAGGGCUCGUCUAAAAGCACAGGGCCAGUAGGGGAAGCUACACAGCCUUCUUCAGAUGGAGAUCAGACUCCUGACAAGAGCAAAAAGAAGAAUCGAUGCUUCACAUGUAGGAAAAAAGUUGGCCUCACGGGCUUUGACUGUCGCUGUGGUAACCUGUUUUGCGCUAUCCAUCGUUAUUCUGACAAACAUGACUGUCCCUACGACUACCGAGGAGCCGCUGCCGCCCGCAUCCGCAAGGAGAACCCCAUCGUUGUAGCUGAGAAGAUUCAGAAGUUAUGAGGACUGACAGCUAAACGAGCAAAAAUUGUUUGACCUGCAAGUUUUGGAACCAUGGCGCUGAAUAACACCAUUCUUAACUGGGUUCAUGUCUUCAUUGUAGGAUAGGGUGGGUGGGGUUGUAGGGGACAGCCCCUGCUUGGCCACUCCCUAAACUAUCAUCUCCCUGUCUCUCCAAGAAGGCCGGUGUAGAGGUGUGUGUGUGUGUGUGUGUGAGAGAGAGAGAGAGUGAAUGUGUGACCUGUUGAGUGAUGUGUGUUUUUUUUCUAGAGAGCCAGGGAGAAGAGGGAUUGGUUGUCAGGUGGGCAUCCAUGUACAUCGGGGGAAGGGUGGACUCUUUAGUUUUUACCCUGGCAUUGAUUUUUGUUAGAAUAUUAACAUUAUUUUUUUAUAGGAGCCCUGAGAUGUGGGAUCAGGAGUCCGAUUGUAAAGGGUGGGUGGGGUGGGUCAUCGAGAGGGAAUUUCUCUGAUAUUGCAAAACUUUGAAGAAUAUAGAUUUUAAUGACUACUCCUACAUUUACCCAUGUAAGAUUAUUUUACUGUGUAAUAAUUUUUUUUUCUGAUGAAUUAUCCCAACACGUCAAAUCCCAGCCUGUGCAUUUAAAAAAUAUUUCUCUUUUAUAUAUUGACUUAUCAUGCUAAUGUUGGGUGCAUGAAUAGUUAUUGGAUGGGGUUUGAAGGGGGGAGGGGUGGUGUGUAGCAAGAGCCUUGACAUAAGCGAGUGACUGAGUUUUUUUUUUGUUUUUUCCUUUUCUGUUUUAAUGAGUGUAUGGCAUCAGAAGAUCUAUAUUAAUAUAUUGUACGUAGCUUGAAUUGUGUGAUUGCAUUCUAUUUAUUUUGUAUUAUCAUUUGGUUGGUUGGUACUGGAGGAUUGGAAGCAUUUGUUCCAAAAAAAUUCAAUAGGUUAUCCCUUAAUUAUAUUUUUGUCUAUUAACAUAUGCAUUUAAAAAAAUAAUAUAGUUCCCGAUGGAGUUGGGCUUUUCAGAAUCGAAGCACAAGAUCGUUCGUCAGUUUCUUCGCACAAACACAUCAAAAAGUGCAGUUAGUUUAGGCUCCUCAGUGCUGUACGGAACCUAGCAGGCCCGUUAUUGCUAAUACACCCCAGUGAUUAACUUUUUUUUUUACCUUAGCCAUAAGGGCAGCAAAGCUUCAUGAGCAAAGUAUUCGAUAACCACCAGCAACAAUGCAUGCUCGCACAAAUAUUAGGCCAAAUGCACAGUUUGCUACAGCAGCAUAUUAACAUUGCAACACGAAUGUAAAAGAAGCGUCCCAUUGAAUGGGCGAAUGAAGCCUGCUUUCCAAAUGAACAGGAUUAUAAUGUAAAUACUAUGAGGCUUCCAUUGAAAAAUAGAAUGUUUUAGAAAGAACGGGAAAGAUUCAGCUGUUUUGUGUUUAUGUAGUGUUUAUUAACUACCCAUACGUAAGGAGAAAGGUGCGCUAUGGUGUUCUGUCAUCCUUUGAGUGACUCGUGUCUUUGUGCUGGUUGGUUUUAAUUACUUUUUUUUUUUUUUAAAAAGCUGAAACAACCAUUUUGUAUUUAUCCUUAAUGUGGUCCAGCAAUCUUCCCUCAUAAUGUUUCUUGAUUUUCUGGGAUUCUUAUACAGUCCCUUGACUUUUGUUGAUGUACCUGAUUUGAAGUCCUGGUAAUGACCUUGCUGCUUUAUUAAGGAAAUAACCUGAGCUUUAAUUAGCACCGUCUGUGAUUGCAGCAUUAGCCUCGAUAGGGCUGCCAGCUCAAGAGGGCUUUUGUGAAAGGCAGGUGUAAGUGGCUCAGCAAGCUGGCAUGUGUAUAUGCCAUGCUUGGUUGAGCCAGCAUCCUGACAGCCUUUUAAUGAGGUUUGGAUCUCACGCUUUCUGUUUCUGUCUGCACCGUUUGCUGGAGGAUAAUCCUACUCUUCUAGGGUUCGAGUGUAGGGAUCCAGACAGUGUUUGGGAAUGCUAGACUCCAGUUCCUGGUGAGAUUGUUGUAGUGUGGUGGGCACAAAACUGUGAAUGUAGUCAACCGCUUGACUAUGAAGCUCCAUUGGGUUAAAAGCCAGUUGGUCACCUCUGUUGUUGCCUUCAGUGUCUGAUCAGACCGUUGGCACUGUAUGCCAGUGCAUUAACCCUUAAAUGCUAGCAAUGAUUAAUUGCCUUCAUUGCAUGUUAUUGAGCAAAAUAGAGAAGUGACUUCUUCCUUACAUGUAACUGAAGAAGAAUUGCCUUGAUUUUAGUGAAGGUGUCGAGAUUAAUUUUUUUCCCGGUAGUUCAUCAGAAUAUUCGGAUGAGUGAUGUGAGUUUCAGCUCAGGCGUGUUCGGCAGUACGUUAACCAGCAUUCAUGAAUUAAUUUAACAGCGUGCCCAGUCCCCCAGAGACACCACCAGAUACAUUUUGUUUUCUUUUUAAAUUUAAGAUUGUAUGAUGUGUAUGAGUAAGUAUAAAACCAAUAAAGUCACAAAGUUUAUUUUAAAUUUACAUAA